CACAAUUUUAAAAAUGCUGUUGUUUUCAGAGGACUCGUAGACGGGCUUAUGAUAAUCUAUCAAUUGGGAAUUUGCUAUGUUUAUAUCAUAUUUGUAGCAGUACAUAUAAAACAGGUAGCAGACCAGUAUGGGGACCCUUUGGACAUUUCGACCCAUAUGCUCAUUUUAUUGCUACCGCUGAUUCUGAUAAACUACAUUAGAAAUCUAAAGUUACUGACGCCGUUUUCCAUGCUGGCGAACGUUAUCACAUUUGUCGGCCUCGCCAUGACACUAGUAUACAUGUUUGAAGAACUACCGCCGAUCAGCGAGAGGGAGAUGUUCGGUACAUUGCGAAAUUUUUCCCUGUAUUUUGGAACGACGUUAUUCGCGUUAAAAGCCGUCGACGUGAUUAUCGCACUGGAGAACAACAUGAAGACGCCACAGUACUUCGGCGGUUACUGCGGCGUGCUGAACAUUGGCAUGACUGUGAUCGUCAUUCUCUACAUAGCAAUGGGAUUUUUUGGCUACAUUAAAUAUGGAUACAACGUCGCAGGAAGCGUCACUUUCAAUCUGCCGCAGCAGGAAGUGUAAGUGGAGCGAAGUAAUCACAUCCCAAUUACCGGCAAGACGAGCGGCCGAGAGUAUGUGGUUCGCAGAGAUUGCUUUCGCACAAUCGCCGCUGGAUACAUCCCUAGUAGAGGUUGAAUCUCGGUUAGGAGUCUAGUCACGAAGUAGUAAAUUUGUGUU